AUGUUCUACGAUCUGAAUGUGCCCUAUAGCCCGGGUGAUCCCGAAAUUGUUCAUACUUUGAACUUCCUUGCAGAACUCGGCUACACCACGGUUGCACUGUCAGAGACGAUCAAUGGGAAAUUGCCUCCAGGCCUGACUGCCCCAUCUGCUCCAAAAGAUGCUCCCCGGAAUCUGGUGCUUCUUAGCCGCCUGAAUCUGACCCUCUCUGACCCUGCGCAAAACCAAAGACUUGCCAGCCUGACUCAGACCUAUGAUCUUGUCGCUCUCCGCCCAACAAAUGAGAAAGCCCUACUUAACGCAUGCACCAAUCUGGAGUGUGAUAUCAUCUCCCUGGAUUUCUCCGUCCGCCUACCGUUCCAUAUUAAAUUCAAAAUGGUUUCCGCGGCUAUCUCGCGUGGGAUUCGCUUCGAGAUCUGUUACGGCCCGGGUGUUACGGGUAGUGGUAUUGAAGCUCGACGUAAUCUAAUUGGCAAUGCUAUGGGUCUGAUACGAGCAACACGUGGCCGAGGUAUCAUCGUUUCAAGUGAAGCGCGGAAGGCUCUGGGCGUGCGGGCUCCAUGGGAUGUGAUCAAUCUUGCCUGCGUCUGGGGCUUGUCGCAGGAACGCGGAAAAGAGGCAGUCUGCGAAGAGGCUAGGAAAGUGACCGCCUUGGCCAAAUUGAAACGAACAAGCUGGCGUGGGAUCGUCGACAUUGUUGAUGGGGGAAGUAACUCAGCUGCCAAAGCCACAGGACCGUCAUCUAAACCGAAGGAAUCUGCGGAGGUCAGAGCCGAUGGAUUGAAAAGAAAAGCAUCGCUUGGCUCUGAGGUAGCAACCGAGGAGACUGAAAAGCCACUAUCAAAACGGGAGAUGAAGCGCAGGGCUAAGAAAGCUCGGCUAGAGGCGUUCGGCGGCGAUAGCAGUGCUAACGGUACACCGGCUACUUGAGCGGGAAAUUUUCCAACCUUUCUCUUCUUGUUCCG